CCAUGUCUAUCUUUCCUGCAAUCUUCUGUUUUGCAGUAUUCUCCCUCUUCUUUGAGGGUUUUUUUUUCUUUUCUUUUUUUCUUUUUUUUCUUUUCAAUUUUCUUCAUUUCAAUCGAAACCCUAAUUACCCUUUCAAUUUUCUUUAUUUAUUUUUUAUUUUUUUUCUAUUUAAAUUUUGCAUUUUUUUUGUUUGUUGAAGAUGAUGCAACAGCAAAGGCUGAAACAGCAACAUCAAGCCUUGAUGCAGCAAUCCCUUUAUCAUCCUGCUCUCUUAGCACCUGCUCCGUUAGAGUCCAUCUUGAGUGGAAAUCUGCCUCCUGGAUUCGAUUCAAGUACUUGCAGGAGUGUGUAUGUUGGAAACAUCCACUCACAAGUCACAGAACCACUUCUUCAAGAGGUUUUCUCAAGCACUGGUCCCCUUGAGGGAUGCAAGCUCAUAAGAAAGGACAAGUCAUCCUAUGGUUUUGUGGAUUACUUUGAUCGCCGAUCAGCUGCGUUUGCUAUUUUGACGCUUAAUGGAAGGCACUUAUUUGGACAGCCUAUAAAAGUUAACUGGGCGUAUGCCAGUGCUCAAAGAGAGGACACAUCAAAUCAUUUUAACAUAUUUGUGGGCGAUCUUAGUCCGGAGGUUACAGAUGCCACACUGUUUGCGUGCUUUUCAGUAUACACUAGCUGCUCAGAUGCAAGAGUGAUGUGGGAUCAGAAAACAGGCCGGUCUAGGGGAUUUGGGUUUGUUUCCUUUCGUAAUCAGCAGGAGGCCCAAAGUGCAAUAAAUGACUUGAAUGGCAAGUGGCUUGGAAGCAGACAAAUCCGCUGCAACUGGGCAGCAAAAGGUGCUGGAGCCAGUGAUGACAUGCAGAGUCCAGAUGCCAAGAGCAUUGUUGAAUUGACAACUGGAACAUCAGAUGAUGGUCAAGAGAAGGUCAACAAAGACGCUCCAGAAAAUAAUCCCCAGUACACUUCUGUUUAUGUUGGCAACCUUGCUCCAGAAGUCACUACAGUUGACCUCCAUCGUCAUUUUCAUGCUCUUGGGGCUGGUGUCAUUGAAGAUGUCCGCAUCCAGCGAGACAAAGGUUUUGGUUUUGUAAGAUACAGCAGUCAUGCUGAAGCAGCUCGAGCUAUUCAGUUGGGAAAUGCCCGAAUCCUUUUUGGGAAACCUGUUAAGUGCUCGUGGGGAAGCAAGCCAACUCCACCAGGAAGCAGCUCCAACCCUCUACCACCUCCUGCUAUCGGACAACCCGGUAUUUCAGCCAUGGAUCUUGCAGUGUACGAGAGGCAGCUUGCUUUGGCUAAGAUGGCUGGUAUGCAGACUCUCAUGCAUCCCCAGGGACAGCGAAUUGGCGGUCCUAGUCAGGCUAUGUAUGAUGGUGGCUACGGAAGCAUUGCUUCCCCGCAGCCACCAAUGUACUACUAGUUGUUGAUUCUCAAUAAAGCACAUGUUGUUGCUACUUCACUGUGCUAUUUUUAGGUUAUAGUAUCCCUUUCAGGUUCCUUUAAUACCUUCAGAAUGUAUUGGAUAUGUAGUUUGUAUUCUGUUUGAGACUGAAGGUUUUAAUUUCUUUUUGCAAUACAAUAGCACUUUCAUUGAGUGA